AUGUCAAACGAUGGAUAUGACUGGCUUUUAAAUAAUCCACGACCAGAUUUAUAUCACAUUGACCACAGAUAUGAACCUGCGUCUGGACUGGCACAAAGAGACCCGGCUCCAUAUGUCGGUGUGCCGCCAGCAUUACAAGCUUCUAUAGCAAAUACUUCCGCCUACCUUCACUCCCCGUUUCCUCCAACCAACCAGGACUAUAUGAGAACAGAUGUUCCCUAUGCAAAUCCCACUGCUCAGUAUCAGCCUGCCGUUUCCAUGCCAGGUUAUUACCAGGGACAGCCGCCUUACUCUACACCGUUAACCGCUCCAGUGACCUCCCAAGGACAGGUUUCUCACCUGCCCCUCACAGAUUCCACCAUUCCAUGGAAAUCAUACACACCCAGAGAGUCAAAUGAUGGCCAUGAUACGAAAAGGCGCCGUACAGACACUUCUACGCCAUCAAACCAACCCAGCGUGAUAUCUACAGUCACUCCCGCCACGUCGAAGCCGGCCUCAAAAGAAAAUAUCUCGUCCUUCUCCUUCAGCCCCCGUGAUACUACAGACAGAUCAUUCCUCAAGAACCGCAUGGAUAUCGUCAAACCCCUUAGCAAGGUAGAUGCUGCUGUAAAACUCAGUUAUGACCCGCGGACGAUCGCCAGAGAUGUGUUAAUCGCAUCCGGGCGACAUCCAACGGAACCGGCAUUAAACCAUCACCUCGUUCGCUUGCGCGAUGUUUUCCUCCAUGUCGAUAACUCAUCCGACUUGGAAACUUUCCGCUGGGAUAUGGUCGAUAUGCAGCGUGUAAAUAAAUCACGUGACUCACCACUGGCGCCGAUGCAAGGUUCCGCUCCGCCAAAGGAACCACCGAAUUCAAGCACAAUCUCCAGUGCCGACGAAACCCCAGGCUUUGCCCAAACCCGUAGUACAGGUACCGACAAGAAGUCCAAGUAUUCAGUCGGGGAAGAUGGCUGGGAGGAGACCUGGGAGGCCGCCGGGACGUCCUCCAGGACGGCCUCCAGGACGGCCCCCAGGGACCUCAAAAAUCCAGAUGGUGGCUCCGUCCGCUCCCGCUACCCCGGUUCCUUAUCAGGUUUAUUCCUGCGAAUGGGACAC